GUCAUUAUCGGAACGUUCACUGGCCGUGAAGCGAACGCUCCUAUCGGGACUUCGGAUAAAGAAGCAGCACUCAACUGGGGAUAUUCAUCAGCGAGUCACAAGUACGCCCGGUAGGAUCUGA